GCAGAGCGCCUGGGAGCCGCCUAUGGGCAGGAGCGGAGCUGUCAAAUGCGAGGUUCCUUUAAUAAGAGCGACCAGUCCGGCUCCGGGAGUCAUGGCGACCGCAGCGUCUAACCACUACAGCAUCCUCACCUCCAGCGCAUCCAUCGUGCACUCGGAGCCCAGCGUCAUGCAGCAAGCCACGGCGUACCGGGACGCGCAGAGCCUGUUGCAGAGCGACUACCCGCUGCAGAGCAACAGCCACACGCUCAGCCACGCGCACCAGUGGAUCACGGCGUUGUCCCACGGAGAGGGGACCCCGUGGUCCUCCAGCCCGCUCGGCACCGAGCAGGACAUCAAACCCGCGGUGCAGGGCACCCGGGAGGAGAUGCACAGCUCCAGCAACAACCUGCAGCACCAGUCGCGGGCGCCCCACCUGGUGCAUCAGGCGCACGGGAACCACCACGACGCACGGGCGUGGAGAACCACCACCGCGGCGCACAUACCGAGCAUGGCGACGACGAACGGCCAGAGCCUUAUUUACUCCCAGCCGGGCUUCAGCGUCAACGGGCUGAUCCCGGGCAGCGGGCAGGGGAUGCACCACCAUAACCUCAGAGACAGCCACGAGGACCACCACAGCCCGCACCUCAGCGAGCACGGCCAUCCACCGUCCCAGCAUCAGCACCAGCACCGGCCGCAGAGUCACCACGAGCACUCGGACGAGGACACGCCGACAUCCGACGACCUGGAGCAGUUCGCCAAGCAGUUCAAGCAGCGGAGGAUCAAGUUGGGCUUCACGCAGGCGGACGUGGGACUCGCCCUGGGGACCCUGUACGGAAAUGUUUUUUCCCAAACAACCAUAUGCAGGUUUGAGGCCCUGCAGCUCAGCUUCAAAAACAUGUGCAAGCUGAAGCCUCUGUUGAACAAGUGGCUGGAGGAGGCGGACUCCACGUCGGGCAGCCCGACCAGCCUGGACAAGAUCGCGGCGCAGGGAAGGAAACGGAAAAAACGGACCUCGAUCGAAGUGAGCGUAAAGGGAGCUUUGGAGAGCCAUUUUUUGAAGUGCCCUAAACCGGCCGCGUCGGAAAUAAUCACCCUGGCGGACAGUCUUCACCUGGAGAAAGAAGUGGUGAGAGUUUGGUUUUGUAACAGGAGACAGAAGGAGAAACGCAUGACGCCUCCCGGAGGAGCGCUGCCGGGCAGCGAGGAUAUGUACGGGGACACGCCGCCGCACCACGGGGUCCAGACCCCGGUCCAAUGAACUCCGCUGGAGCGCUCCUCCAGGACUUAUUCACCCUUUUUAUUUAUCCCCGAGGUUAUAUAUAAAUCACUGGACUAUGAGACGAUCUAGUGAGUGUUUUAUGUAUAAUAGAUUGCAGCGAGAACCUCCACGAUAUCUGCAGUGAAUGUGUGAGAGGGGGGGUGGGGGGGCAGUCUGUGCUCUCCGAGAGCGCACCAGCACUGUGAGGCGGCUGUAGCCCCUGAUUGUGUAUUAAAAUUAUAUUUGACUCUAAACAUAAUAAUAAUAAAACAGGGAUGGAGAAUUUAGAUGGAAAAGCCUAGCAGAGUAGUUUCCAUUUGACACUUUUUUUCUAUCAACUCCAACAUCUUUCUUGCUGUGUGCAAAAAAAAGCGGGUUAGUUUGUAGUAGCUUCAAAAUGUGCAUUGGGGGGUGGGGGGUCACAGAAAGCCGCGUUAAUGGAGCAAACUGGGGGCCAGUAAAGGCUGCAGCCCCAGUGGAGACACAUCUGUCAGCAACAAAGAGGACAGCUGCCUUUCAACUAUUAUUAUUAUUAUUAUUAUUAUUAUUAUUAUUAUUAUUAUUAUUAUUAUUAUUAUUAUUAUUAUUAUUAUUAUUAUUAUUAUUCGUGCUGCGACCUCUGCAAUUAGUGGUAUAAACACCAAGUGCGCUCGGUUUUUAACAGUCGUCAAACCCAGAGUUCAAUAACAGGAUCUCUUCCCUCAGAGCGUUUUUUUUUUAUUAUUAUUAUUAUUUAUUUAUUUUUAUAAUUUUUUUUCCUUCAAGAUUUUUUUUAAAGCUCCAAGACGACUGAUUUAAAUAUCUGGCACUUUUUCUAUAACGACAAAAUGGGCUCUAUGUCUCUGCAGAAAUAAGAUGGCAGCAUAAACAUCCAAAUCCACUUAAAUAUGGUGAAACCUUCUACAAAAAGUCACAAUUUAACCCAUCUUGUUUUGUUUUUGUUUUUUUUUAUAAUUUUCCACAGGGGUAUUUUUUCUUUUUUUUCCCCUAUUAACAGAAUGAUGACUUUUGCUUAGAUCCAUAAUGAACAGAACCUGCUGAUUG